AGCUGCAUCUCCGAAGCAGCGCAGCUCCAUCCAGCCAGUGGCGCCCUAUGGAAGAGAUGGAGGAAGAGCUCAAGUGCCCGGUGUGCGGCUCUUUCUACCGGGAACCCAUCAUCCUGCCCUGUUCCCACAGCCUGUGCCUAGCAUGUGCCCGAAACAUCCUGGUGCAGACCCCGGACUCCGAGUCCCCCCAGAGCCGCAGAGCCUCGGGGAUCUCGGACUAUGACUACCUGGACCUGGACAAGAUGAGCCUGUAUAGUGAGGCGGACUCGGGCUACGGUUCGUACGGAGGCUUUGCCAGUGCCCCUACCACACCCUGCCAAAAGUCCCCCAAUGGGGUGCGGGUGUUCCCACCGGCCAUGCCGCCACCCCAGCCCCACCAUCACUCCUCGGGAGCUUUGCUGCUGCCCAGCGGUGCACGCAACUCGUGCAUCACCUGCCCGCAAUGCCACCGCAGCCUGAUCCUGGAUGAGAGAGGGCUGAGGGGCUUUGCCAAGAACCGGGUGCUGGAGGGGGUGAUUGAGCGCUACCAGCAGAGCAAAGCUUCGGCCCUCAAGUGCCAGCUAUGUGAGAAGAGCCCCAAGGAGGCCACCGUCAUGUGCGAGCAGUGCGACGUCUUCUACUGCGAGCCCUGUCGCCUGCGGUGUCACCCACCCAGGGGUCCCCUGGCAAAGCACCGGCUGGUGCCCCCGGCUCAGGGCAGGGUGAGCAGGAGGCUGAGCCCCCGCAAGAUCUCCACCUGCACCGACCACGAGCUGGAGAACCACAGCAUGUACUGCGUGCAGUGCAAGAUGCCGGUCUGCUACCAGUGCCUGGAGGAGGGCAAGCACUCCAACCAUGAGGUCAAGGCUCUGGGGGCCAUGUGGAAGCUUCACAAGAGUCAACUUUCCCAGGCCCUGAAUGGAUUGUCAGACAGAGCCAAGGAAGCCAAAGAAUUCCUAGUUCAGCUGCGAAAUAUGGUCCAGCAAAUCCAGGAGAACAGUGUGGAGUUUGAAGCCUGCCUGGUUGCCCAGUGUGAUGCUCUGAUCGAUGCCCUCAACAGAAGGAAGGUCCAGCUUCUUUCCAGAGUUAACAAGGAACAUGAGCACAAACUUAAGGUUGUGCGAGAUCAGAUUUCCCACUGUACGGUGAAACUGCGUCAGACUACGGGAUUGAUGGAGUAUUGUCUGGAAGUCAUUAAAGAAAACGACCCUAGCGGCUUCCUCCAGAUUUCUGAUGCUCUUAUUCGGAGGGUGCACCUGACUGAGGAUCAGUGGGGGAAGGGAACCCUCACACCAAGAAUGACUACAGAUUUUGACUUGAACCUGGACAGCGCACCUCUGCUGCAGUCCAUUCACCAGCUCGACUUUGUGCAGAUGAAAGUUCCCUGUUUAGUCCCAGCGCCCCCAAUCCUACAGAUGGAGGAGUGCUGCACCCAAAACAACAGCGCCACGCUGUCAUGGAAGCAGCCACCCUUGUCCAUGGUACAAGCUGAAGGAUACAUUCUGGAGCUGGACGAUGGCAAUGGCGGACAGUUCCGGGAGGUGUUUGUUGGGAAGGAAACCAUGUGCACCGUGGACGGUCUACAUUUUAAUAGCACGUACAAUGCUCGUGUCAAAGCUUUCAACAAAGCCGGGGUGAGCCAGUACAGCAAGACUCUGGUCCUUCAGACUUCUGAAGAACUGGUGCAGGAUUCGGAAGAGAGGAGCUCCUUCCAGAGAGGUGGGGGGUUGCUUAGCAUGUGUCCCAUAGAUUCCACAAGAAUGAGUUCCAUAGCAGGUCCUUAUGCUCGAAUGUCAGCUACUCUUGCAGCUCGUCUGCAAGCCAGCUCCAUACCCUCUCCACUUGAAUUUCUCCAACACCCAGAACAGGAAUCUUGUAUUUCACCAGUUGCGUGGUUUGCCUUUGACCCUGGUUCUGCUCACUCAGACAUCAUCUUCUCCAAUGACAACAUGACUGUCACUUGCAACAGCUACGAUGACAGGGUAGUUCUUGGAAAGACGGGGUUUUCCAAAGGAAUCCACUACUGGGAAUUGACUAUCGACCGAUACGAUAAUCACCCAGAUCCAGCCUUUGGCGUGGCUCGUAUUGAGGUGAUGAAAGAUGUUAUGUUGGGAAAAGACGACAAAGCUUGGGCUAUGUAUGUGGACAAUAACCGCAGCUGGUUCAUGCACAACAACUCACAUACUAACAGUGUCCCUUUAAUGAUCGGUGACAGCAGUUCUGGCAGCUGCCAACCAGGAAACCAUCUAUCUAGGAAGAAACCAAGGCCUCUUUCAGUAGGAUGCCCAGGCCUGAGACAUUCUGCAUCAUUCAAAUCAGCUCUUUCUAAGCCCAUCUCUACACGAUUCCCAUCACUGGAUUUCAUACCAUAUAGAGGAACCGAAGGUGGAAUCACAAAAGGUGCGACUGUAGGGGUCGUUCUGGACUUUACCAGAAGAACGUUGACAUUUUGUAUUAAUGAGGAGCAGCAGGGACCGGUUGCGUUUGAAAACAUGGAAGGCUUAUUUUUUCCUGCCGUGAGCUUGAAUAGAAAUGUUCAGGUAACACUUCACACAGGUUUGCCGAUUCCUGAAUUCUACACGUCCAGAGGAGCUUUACAGCCUUAAAAGUGUCUGGGGAGAGGAAGGAAAAAAUGUUCUGUUCGCCUGCCACCAUCCGCAUUGGACCUCAUAAAAAGAGAGCAAAUUUACCCAUUUGAGAGCCGGAGAAAAGAAAAUUCCAAAAAAAGACACCAGAGCUCAAUAACGAAUCAGUGGUUUCAUUGCAUUAGAAUAAGAUCUCUGUUUUGAGCGUGUAGUCCUUCAAUGUGCAUACUUGCUUUGAUGCUUUUGCCCUUUAAAUUAACAGAUUACUCGAGUAGCCAGAAUCGUUAAUGUCAGGUUCAUUUUUUUGUAUCGUGAACUAUUAUUUUUUCUGUGUGUACAUAUUUCUGCUGUUGCUCUUGACCGAUCUGUUGCUGCUACAUACAAGAGAGUCCUCUAAAUGUUCAUUCAAAGCAAGCUCCUAGAAACAGUUUGGAUUACCAGCAAGUAAUAUAUAAAGACAUAUUACAUGCCUUUAACAUGUAAAAAUCACAUGAAUAAUGUUCAACGUGAGCCAUACAGAUGGGAAACAAUGUUACAUAUAAACAAUGCUUUCCUGGUAUUUUGUUCUGAGAAUGUAUUUUAUACCUGGUCAUAGUAACAUGGUAACAACAUAGUAACGGAAUUGUUUUGCCCAUUGGUCAUUAUUAUGAUAUGAAGAUAAGUCGAAA